AUGGCCGAUCAAAAGAAGCCAUCCACGGCAUCCUCAUUAUUGUCAACUACAAAUUCGCUCUUGUCAACAAAGACUACAUCGUUUCCUACGAGUAGCUCCUUAUUACAAGGAUCCAGUCUUUCAUUUUCGUCAUCAUUGAAUACAACAAGUUCUCUUCUAUCGGGAAGUACGACUAGCAAACCAACAAGUCUUUUGACAUCAUCAACAUUAUUUAAUAAUGUUUCUAAGCCAUCGACUUCAGCAUUUUCGCUAAGUACUGCUCCCAAACUAUCAUCAUCACCAUUCUCUUUGAGUACUCCAUUAAAAUCGACAUCAUCAAUACUUUCCACUGUGAAUGCACCUACAACUAGUAAUACAUUACUUUCAUCGCUGAGCACGAAAACUUCAUCGUUAUUCACAACUGAAUCAAGCUCAAGUCGAAAACGUAAAGCUGAACCAUUAGAAUCAACAUUCGCAACAUCAUCAGUAGUUCCAGAGGUUGCUAAAAUUCCUGUGACAUCAACUACGAUAGCAAGCACGUCAAGCACUACAUCAGUUUUGGAUAACAAUGAACGUAAAUAUAACUGUGAAAACAUUCGACCCAUUUCAUCUGACAAAGUUCAUCUCGGUGUCGAUUUACAUUGCCAUAUCCCUGCACCAAAACGUCCACGUAUUGAUCCAUUCAGUUCAAUUUAUGCGAAACUUGAAAACACAGACAAUGAUGAUUCGAACGUCGGAAUAAAAUCGAUCAAGAAAAGUCUUUUAAAUUCACUUGCGGAUUCAUUACUCAGCCAGCCUGAUCUACGAAAAGCAACCGAUCAAAAACGAGCGGAACUUAUUCGUUUAUCACAUUUAGUCGUUGAUCAAGAUCCCGAAUUUAUUCUUAAGGCUGCUCUAUAUACACGAAACCACUUGAAUAUACGUAUAACGGCUAAUUUUCUCGUUGCAUAUGCUGCCUUCACCGAUCCCUGUCGAAUCUUUUUGAAGAAGUAUUUUAAAGCGGUUGUUAAUUUGCCAUCAGAUUGGAUCGAAAUCGCUGAGCUUUAUCAAACGUUCUUCGACAAACGUAUCCAUUUUGGUUCAUUACCAUCAGCAUUGCGUCGGGUUAUGAUACAAAAAUUCCCCGAUUUUGAUAAGUAUCAAUUGGCUAAAUACAAUAAAGAAAAAGCUCGGUUGAAAAAAGUGAAAAAAGCCAACGCAGCGUCGGGCGCAUCAGCCGCAACGACCACUUCUUUCCGAGGACGUGGCGGGGCGCGCGGCGGCCGAGGUCGUGGUGCAGCUCGUGGUGGUCGUGGGGCCAGACGCACAGCUUCAACAGAUUCAAAUAUGAGCGUUGCAUCGACUGACGCAUCAGCAGCUGCGGCACCAGGAAAGGCAAUGUCUAAAAUCAGCGAAGAAGAUCGUGAAACACGACGAAUGGCGUUUACAUUAAAACGAUUAAUUCGUCAAUUACAUAUCAGUGAACCGGUCGAGCAUGUUUGGUGUUUACUUGGAAAACGAUAUCCCGAAACAUCAGAGCUCUUCUACUUGUCACGUUUACCUGGUGUGUUCCAACCAGAACGUGCGAAUAAACGUAUGAAAUUGCCUACACCAGAAACAUGGGAAACACAAAUUAGUUUGAAAGGUAACAAAGCAGCAGUUUGGCAGCAAUUGAUCGAUAACAAAAAGCUUCCAUUCAUGGCGAUGUUGAGAAACUUACGAAAUAUGAUCAAAGUUGGUAUCUCGGAAAAACAUCACCAAUGGGUUUUGAAAAAGCUUCAAGAUGAAGGUGCCGUUACCUACAGCCGUCAAUUUCCAUUUCGCUUCUUUUCGGCGUACCAGAUUCUCGAUGAACUUGAGGAAGAAUUUACUAAAUGGUGCCAAGCCAAAGACGCAUGUGGAUCAGCACCUGAAGGCAAAGCUCCAAAAUUAUCUCGUCAAGAAAAGGGCAAAAAGCGUGCUUUAACUCCUGCUGAAAAAGCCAAAAAACUAGCUGCAAAAGAAAUGCCAUAUGAUCUUGCAUUGUUACAACGAUACAGAAAAGCACUCGAUGCUUCAGUAAAAAUCGCUACCAAACAUAAUUGUCAACCAAUCCCAGGCCGGACAUUCGUCUUCUGUAAUCUAAGUGAUGCAAUGUCACAACCAUGUCAGGCAGCGAGAGGCUUAGGUAAACCACGAACACGUGCAGAAAUCGGUCUUCUCAUGGGUUUAAUGUGUAAAUCUGCGUGCGAAUCAAGUCAACUGAUCGUGUACAAAACCAAAGAUAGUUUCAGCGAAAUUGAACAAACACCACAGCAAACAAUUCUGAAUCAAAUGACGAAUAUUUUAUCAAACAACCCUUUACCAGCAUCAUCAGCUGCUGUUUGCAUCCCACCAGCAUUUUUAACCAAAAUGAUCGCUGAAAAACAAUGGUUUGAUAAUAUUAUCGUUGUUUCGGAUGGACUGAAAUCGGAUACACCGGAGUCCGAUUUUGUAUAUCGAUUCCUUCAACUCUAUCGAUAUUUGGUAAAUUCAGAACUGAUGUUUGUUAGCAUCGAUUUGAGUAUCAGUCAAUGCUCAUUAACCAAAUCCGACCGUUUCAAUAAUCGAAAUGAUAUAUUCUUAAGUGGUUUCUCUGAUUCGAUCUUACAAUUCAUCGCUGAACGUGGCAACGACGGACAACUGUUACAUGUCGAAAAUAUUGAUAAUGCUCAUAAUCUAAAUAAGAUUGUCGAUACACGAACAGAUCCUGAAAGUGAUCAAUCGAAGAACCAUGAAUCGAAUUCAUCUACGAAAUCACCGACCACAACACUAGUACCACAUUGGCGAACUGUCCGUGUCUUCAUCUCAUCAACAUUCAAAGAUAUGCACGCCGAACGUGAUCUUCUCACUCGCUACGUCUUUCCUGAACUACGCCAACGUGCUAAAAGUCUUUUUAUUAAUCUCUAUCAAACAGAUCUUCGAUGGGGUAUUGCAGAAAGUCAAUCAAAACAAUCGGUAUUCUUGUGUUUAAAUGAAGUCUACCGUAGUGAUUAUUUUAUUGGUUUAAUUGGUGAACGGUAUGGUUAUCAACCAACAUCCUACGAUGUUCCCAAAGACGAUCCCCGAUUUGCCUGGCUAAAGAAAGUACCUCCAGGACAUAGUAUCACUGAUUUAGAGAUUCAGGCCGGCGCAUAUCAUUCCACAACCAUUAAACAAAGCCGAGCGUUCUUCUACUUUCGUGAUCCAAAAUUUCUGUCCAGUGUCCCUAAACCAUGGUCAGAUGAUUUUCUCUCUGAAGACGAAAAUUCCCGAGUGAAAAUUAGUCAAUUAAAGGAACACAUUCGUACUAGUGGUUUCGAAACAUUUGAUGGAUAUCCAUGCAGCUGGCAAGGUGUAGCAAACGAUCGACCACUUGUAGCAAACCUCGAAGAAUUCGCACAACGUGUUAUCGACAACUUGUGGACAUCAUUACAAGCAGAAUACCAACCUGAGUAUGUGCUAUUAGAUGAUAAUGAAAUCGAAGAUGCUCAACAUCGACAAUAUCGGUCAUCGUUCAUGGAACAUUUUGUUAGUCGAAACAAAGUUAUUCAAGAUGCUAUGAAAUCCCUUGGAAAAACUUCAGUGAUUCUUCUUACUGGUCAACAAGGCUCAGGUAAAACAGCCUCUCUAGCUGCGAUUGCCAAUAAGAUUGUAUCUCGUGCUGAUUUGAACAUCAAAUUGUACGAACAUUACGUCGGUAUUACACGUUCAUCAUCAAAUAGUGUCUCCAUGCUUCGUCGUUUACUCUGUCAAAUCGUUACUGAUCAUCCCGAAUUGACCAAUCAAUUUCCAAUCGAUCAAAUUCGUUCAUGUAAUUACACAGAUCUAUGUAAAAUCUUGUCCGAUGUUCUUCAUAAUCGAAAGCAUUCAUUUCAUAUGGUGAUCUGUAUCGAUGGUAUUGAACUUCUCGACAAUGAAACAUUAGUUCAAACAUUAAAUUUCAUUCCAAAAGAUUUCAAUUUCGAUAAAAUAACAUUCAUUCUUACUGCUACAGAAGACAGUUCUGUUGAACAAGCAUGUAAGAGUCGAUCAAAUCCGUUCAUAAUCAAUUUAUCGAAUCUUGAAUUACUCGAACGUGGUGAAAUCGUUCGAAAACAUCUCGAUCGUUUCGGUAAAAAGCUCGACGAACAAGCGUUCUCAUCGCAAAUGAAAUUCAUCACUAGUAAACGAGAUUCAUUCAAACCAUCCUACUUAACAUUACUCUGCGAAGAACUGUUAUUGAUGACAGACUAUGAAAAGAAAAUCACAGAAAAACUUAAGAGUAUACCACAGAGACAGAACCUCUUCCUAUUAGACAUUUUCAAACGAUUGGAUACAGUUUUUGGCGAAACAUAUGUUGCAACUGUCUUUGGACUGAUCUAUUCAGCACGCCAAGACUUAACCGAACAAGAAUUGCGAGAUUUGGUGAACAUUGCUUUUAGUUCAACGAAAACUUUACCGCCACCAGAUAACUAUACUUAUCCAAAUACCACGACGCCAUUGCAAUUAGCUGAUUUCAUUUACAAUUGUCACAUUCUAUUGAAACCACAACUCUAUGAUGGACCACAAACUGUUUCGAUUGCAUCGAAUGAAAUCCGCCAAAUCAUUAAAACACGUUACAUUCGUUCCAAUGAACAACGCAUUUACCUAUACAAACUUUUAGCAUUCUAUUACUGGUGCGAAGCAGCUGGAUCUCAAUGGACAGCAAUGAAUGUGAAAGCAUUUGAACAUUUACCCUACUAUUUAUACUCUGCUAAUGAACUGAAACUAUUCACUUCAGUUUUAACCGACUUGAAGUUUAUCGCUGGCAAAUGUCGCGUGGGUCUUGUCCAAUCAUUGAUUGACGAUUACGAGCUGAUCAAAUCUUCAGUAACAAAUGACAUAUCAACAGGAAUAAAAUCGAAAAUAAGCAAAACUUCGUUAGUGAAUACGAAAGAUCGACAGAUCAAUGAAAUAGCUCUUCAACAAUAUCGUUCAUUCAUACAACGAAAUAGUCACAUCCUCUCGGUAAAUCCAGCUUUAAUCUAUCAACAGGCAUUGAACGAACUAGAAACAAGUCCUGUGUUUGAUAAUAUUCAACAAAUACUUUCGAAUAAUCAACAAAAUUCUGUCAGUAAUGAAAACCAAAUCACGGCAUUUGUUCGUAUCAAUAAACCUGACAAUAUGGAACAAAUGAAAUAUUCAAUAGAAGACUACACAGAACCAAUUAAAUGCUUGGCUAUCUCACCUUCGGGCGCAUAUCUAGCUGCGGGUUCUGCCGAUUGCUUAGUACGUCUUUACAAUACGUCGACAUCGCGUCUACUGAAAUUAUUUGUUGGUCAUGCUGCACCUAUUAGUGCUCUAUGUUUCGUUGGCAAUGACCGUUUAGUCAGUGGUAGUAACGACGGUGGUUUAUCAAUUUGGGAUGUAGCUAAUGGUCACCGUUUACAUAUUCUAACACCAAAACAUGACAAGAGAGUUUCGGAAUUAUGUUCGAAUCAACGCGGUACUCAAUUUGCUUCAGUUUCCUGGGAUUCAUUUGUACAUAUAUGGGAUCUGAAUAAAGCUCGCAAAGAAACAGAAAUUCGUUUGCAUCCAAAACCAGUCUCAAGCGUGGCUUUUCAUCCAGAUGGCUUCAUGUUAGUUACUGGUUGUUGGGAUGGUCUUGUUCGACAAUGGAAUGUCACUAGUGGACAACGGAAAUCCAUCAUGCGUGGACAUUUAAGUUCAAUUAAGGCGGUCGCUUAUUCAGCGGAUGGCCGUUAUAUAGCUUCAUGCUCAAUCGAUGGUGAAUGUCGUCUAUGGAAUUCUCUUGCUGGUAGUCAAGUUGGUGUCAUAUCUGCUCGCAUCAGUUCAAUCUAUUUUUCGCCAAGUGGAUCCGAAUUAGCCUCAGCUGGUAAUGAUGGUCGUGUGCGAGUGUUUUCCUCAACGGUCGGUCAAUGUCAAAUGAUUAUUCGUGAUGAUAGUUGGGGUUCUCCUUCAAGUGUUGUCAUUCAUCCGGAAGGAGAAUAUAUAAUUGUAGGAUAUCAUUCGGGCUCAAUUCGUGUAUUCGACAUUCAAAAUGGUACGACUGAACAAGAAUUCCAUUAUCAUAAAGGUCGUAUCCAUCAUCUUCAACUGUCUUCAAAUGGAACUAUGCUAUUAUCCGCAUCGGGCGACAGUACUUCUCGUGUUUAUGAUCUGAAAGACCUUGGAAAACGGAAUGACCUUCGCAUUAGAACAUCGAUACUCAAAGGUCAUACCGCCGGCGUUCUGUCCUGUGCUUUAAAUAAAUUGAACAUGAUUGCAACAGGUUCCGAAGAUGCAACUAUCUGCUUCUACAAAUCAACAAAACUAUUUGAUCAAUCCUCAAUCGAACCAAAUCAAAUUCUCACACAACAUCGCACACCAGUCACAGGCUUAGUAUUCAACAAUCAAUCGUACCAAUUGAUAUCUGCUAGUCGAGAUGGGCAAGUUCAUAUAUGGGAUGUUCAUCGGCAUGCAACAACUAAUAUUGUAACACUUGCGAAUUCACUUGCCCAUUGCCAUGCUGAUUGGAUUAAUGACAUUGCAUUGUCAAAUACGAGCAACGGUUUACUUGUUACGGCAUCGAAUGAUAACACAUUGAAAGUUUGGAAUACUAUACAAAAAGCUACAACGACUGAGGAAGAUAACGAUCAAAUGGAUACUGUUUCUGCGAGUGUCGAAGAGGCUCGAGUGACACUUCGUGGUCAUCAAGGUUCAGUUAAUACAGUCGCAUUUGCCUACGGUUGUGUUGUGUCCGGUUCAUUGGAUAACACUAUUCGAGUCUGGUCUCAUAAAGGAACUGAAAUCACAUGUUUACGUGGCCACACAGAAAAGGUAACAUCGUGCGAUUUAUACGUUAAACUCAAAGGCACCACUCCUAAAACUGACAACAAUUCAGAUCAGAGCCAAUGGUCAACAGUGGUCGAAGAAAAAGAAGCGGAACUCUCACGAACAACACAUACUGUUGAUAAAAUGCUCGUUGUUAGUACAUCCGAAGAUGGUUCAAUCCGCAUUUGGCGUCCAACAGAUCCCGAGCAACGCUGUGUUUACGAUGCACAUGCUCAACCAUUGAAUGAUAUUGUACUCAACCAAGAAUCAAUUGUCACCUCAUCACUUGAUAAAACAGUCCGUUCAUGGCAAAUUCCACAUAAUGUGUUCCAAAAUAGCAAUGCUGGAUCCGCUGCUAUGACACCGCAAAUUCCUGAACUAACCAGUCAUUUAGACGAAGUGACGUCCAUCGCUGUCUCUCAUGAUAAUUCACUUGUUUUCACUGUUUCUCGUGACGCCUACCUCUUCGUAUGGUCAUUACUAUCAGCUGCAACAGAUGAUUCUGCCAUGGACACUAGCAUGAAAUCAUCAAAUAUGUCCAAGCAACCAUUCCGUAUCAUACAAUCGAUCAAAGCGCAUGAUGAAAAUAUUCUUGGCAUGGCUUUAGUUCGUUCCGAAGUGCAAAAUUAUGUUCUUGCCACUGGCUCUGUUGACAAAACCAUCAAACUAUGGCGAAUUUCACACAAAUCCAAUGAAGAUAAAUGUUCGCUCAAACGUUUACGAACGGAUACAACAGAAAAUGGGCCCGUUUCGUUCAUUGCCGGUCAAUACACUAUGCCAUACUUUGUUGUUGGUGAAAAUCAAUCCUUCGAUUCCUUGACAUUCCAUCUUUACUCAUCAUCGUCACUGGAACGUUUGAAAAUAUACCAAACGCAAACAUGUCACUGGCCUCUUUCGUCUCUGCUAACAUUAAAUGCAGAUAAACAUUGCAUCUUAGCUAUUGGUUCAACAAGUAAUCAACUAUGUCUGUAUGACCUGUCAUUGAUCGAUUCAACCAGCAGCAAAUUACACGUUUCAUACGGAUCGAAACUUGAACAUUGUACAUUCACACCAUCGGAAUGGAUUACAUCGAUUGAAAAGCUUGACGAUGAAAACGUGUUUUAUUUGGGUACAGCAACAGGCACGAUGUAUUCCACAUCUGACCUAUCUACUGAUAUUAAUGCUUGGAAUAAAAUGGAAUUAUCGCCGAAACAACGAUCGAUCACUGGAUUGUGCUCACUUAACAAUGAACUUAUCUUCACAAGUGGAUUUGAUAAUGUUAUUCGUGUACAGUAUCGAAAUGAUCACGCUAAAACUCAAAGUAUGAAUGCAGAUGAUAUUGGCGAUGAUGAUAACAUUGACAUUCUUGGACAAUAUCCUGUACCAGCACCAAUCACUCAAAUGCGAUCAUGGAAACAAAAGAAUAACGGCAUUUUUGGUGUUGUAGCCGGUGACACACUAGGAAAUCUUUACUUAGUACAGUGGUAUUCGUCGUAA